AUAUUAGCAUGGACGACCACUCUCUGUUUCCAUAUAUUCUCUUUCAAGAAAACAUUCUGUUUUGCAAGAACACCUUUCUUUGGUGCUCCUGAGUUGAAACCCUUCAAAGUGCUUGCUUCUUUCUCAGUUUUGUUUCAGUGUUUUUUUUGCCAGAAGGCAUUUUACUUUGAGACAACAUUUGAGCUGGUUCACUCAGACUGGGAAAUGGGGUGCUGAGUGAUGAGCUUGGGAUCGUGAAGUGAAACUCAAAUGGGUUCGGUGUUGAAGGACACGCUUAAGGGUAUUUGUUGCAGUAAUGGGUGGUCUUAUGGGGUUUUUUGGCGCUUUGAUCAAAGAAAUUCCAUGUUGUUGACUAUUGAAGAUGCACACUGUGAAGAAGAAAUGGAGGCGGUAGUUAACAAUAUGCUUCUACAGGUCCACAUGAUAGGCGAAGGAAUUGUUGGCCAAGCUGCCAUGUCUGGGAAGUGCCAAUGGAUUUUCUCAGAUAACAGCAAUGGAGGACGGAAUUCUGCUGGUUCUUCUGGAAUUAAAGAUAUACACGAGGAUGAUUCUGAGGUUAAUUGCCAAUUUUCCUCUGGACUAAAGACAAUUGCUGUAAUUCCUGUGCAAUCACAAGGAGUGAUACAAUUUGGAUCAACCCAGAAGAUUUUGGAGACGCCAGAAUUUAUAAUUCGAAUAAAAAGAUUGUUCAAUGAGGUGGGAAAUAUUAAUGGUCUCACAUCACCAGAAAACCCAACUUCAUCUUUGAACUAUGAAAAUUGCGAUCUAAAUGAGUGGUUUACUUCUUUCUGCAAUGGUAAUAUCACACCCAUGCAUGGUGGCAGCUGCGAUGAACUGAUGGAAAUAGCUCAUACUGCCUCAAUAAAUCUUACUCAGUCCUCUGGUCCCACUUCAGAUUUUCAACAAGAGAAGAUGAACCCAUUAUGUUUGGACUCAUCUAAUCUUAGUAGUCAAUUGCAGACUGUUGGCACCGAAGCUCAAAUGAUAUUAUCCAGCAAUCCUGAUACUCAGUUCCAGCAUUUGUCUUCACAAUAUGCCUUUUCUGUUGAGAAGUCAGCUGCAAAAACCCCUUGCAUUAGUACUUGGAGUAGUGAAGGUUCUAUAUUGACUUCACUAGAGUCACAGUUACCAUCUGAAAUGAGAGUCCAGGAUUCUCUAAAUGUUUCUUCUAGAAAAGAAAAUGUUCCGGUGUUCUGUGGGUAUUCAAAGCAGGAUUUUCAAAGGGACUCGACUGUUAGUUCAUUGUAUAGCAGUGGGGGAUUGAUUAAUGUAGAAAAAACUAUUCAACAAAAUUCUGCAAGAUCAAUGAGCAACUGUCAUUCUGCUUCAUCAUAUCAUGCUAAAAAAGGUGGAUCUCUGGAAAGAGAAACUAGCCUACAGAAAUUUGCAGAAGAGUUUAAGCUAGAUGAUUUUGCAACAAAUCUCUCUAACUGCUUUGCAGUGGAUAAUCUUUUUGAGUGGUUUUUGUCUCCAUCAGGGCACGACAUCACAAUGAAUGAAAAUCUCUUACAAUCAGCAGGAAUUACUUCAGUGUCAUCCAGUUUGGUUGGAGAUGUUUUACUUGACAUUCCAUUCACACAACCAACUAAUUCAGUGCAAAGUUCCAUCACUGAUGCAUUUAUUUGUGAUGGACAACAGAAACCUGUAUUUCUGAAUGAUGCUGGCGCUGAUAUGUUUAAUGGUUUGGGACUAGAAUAUGGGUGUGGACAAUCUGGGGAUUGCCAAGAAAAUGCAAUAAAGCUUGUUGUGAGUAGUGGUCACUUAGCUGUUAGUACUGGUGUUUCAGAAUGCGUCUCAGAGUUGGAUGUUAAUCCUGGAGUUGGCCACCGAAAAGGAUUAUUCUCCGAAUUAGGUCUUGAAGAGCUUAUAAGUGGAGGUCAUAAUUCUAAUUGCAUUACCAACUCUAGAAGUGACGAUCAGCUUUCCACUGCCAAGAGAAGAAGAUUGGAAACUUCAUCUUUCAAUCAUGUUCAGUUAGGAAGCGUUUCUUGCUCUGUUGGCAGCAUGGCUAUGCAGCCUACAUAUUGUAAGGGCACGACAAACAAUCUUCUUUCAAAAAAAGAGGUGUCCCCAAAAUCACAGACAGGCUUAUGGAUUGAUGAUAGCUAUAGCAUCAACAAUGGAGGUGCUAUUCUAGCAAAAUCUAAGAAGCUUGAGGAGCCUACAAAGGCAACCAAGAAACGAGCCAGACCUGGGGAAAGUAUUAGACCAAGGCCAAAAGACCGUCAACAGAUCCAGGACCGCAUCAAAGAGUUGAAAGGAAUCAUCCCUGAUGGUGGAAAGUGUAGCAUUGAUGCAUUGUUGGAUCGUACCAUCAAGUACAUGCUUUUCUUGCAAGGUGUGACAAAAUAUGCAGACAAGCUUAAACAAGCUGAUGAGCCAAAGCUCAUUGGUGAGGAGAAUAAAAUGGUUUUGAAAGACAACAGCACAAGUGGUGGUGGUGCCACAUGGGCACUGGAAGUGGGAGAUCAAUCAAUGGUUUGCCCUAUUAUAGUCGAAGAUCUCAGUACACCUGGCCUGAUGCUUAUUGAGAUGCUUUGUGAGGAUCGAGGAUUCUUUCUUGAGAUAGCUGAUGUAAUUAGGGGAUUUGGAUUGAAUAUAUUGAAGGGACUGAUGGAAACUCGAGAGGAUAAGAUAUGGGCACACUUCAUUGUUGAGGCAAACACGCACAUAACGAGGAUAGACAUAUUAUGGUCUCUUGUCCAGCUUCUACAACUAACAUCCAUAAGUGGUAUGGACUCAACAAAUCAACCUAGUAAUGUUAUGAAUGGCAAGGUUGCUCUUUUAAACAACUGCCAGCAACCUGCAUUGCCAUGUCCUAUCAACUUGGCUGAGACACUGCAAUGAUUGAUCUCAUAAAUAAGGAUUUCUAGAACACUUAUUCACACAUUUUGAAGUACUGCUGUGAUUAGUGUCCUGCUUGAAAAACCUGAGAAUGAAGUGGGAAAGGAGGUAGUGUCCAAUCCUUUCAACGACCUUGGAAGUGGAAAAGAAAUGUGAAUACCUUUGAUAGAUGGUAAAUACUUUUGAAGGAAUGGCAAGUGAUCUUUUACUCUUUACAUUUUACCAAAAGAUACAAAUGGAGCAUACCCUGUGCAAGACAUGAUGAGUGCCCUUGUGCUUGAUCGGUGAUCCUGAUGAGUUUAAUUAGUGGAUUUAUCUCAUUUGCAUUAUGACUGAAACAAAAACUAGGGAAGUAGAUAUGUUUGUGCUUUUAGUUCUUAAGCUUGCUCCUGCCAUAACCUGUUUAUAGUAUGAAGUUUAUAAAUUAGUUGGUUGUAGGCUAACCGCUUAUUUGUUUGUGGCCAUCUGCUGUUGUUUCACUAGUAUAAUAAUACAAAAUUGCUCUCCCUGUC